CCUAAAAAAUCAAAGGUACCCCAGAAUUGUACCAUUGAUCACCGGUGUUGUGAAUGAAUAAUAUUUAAUAUAGAAAAGCGUAGUGAAUCGGUAAAGAGAUGGUUUUUCAAUCGUUGACGUUAUUCGCGCGGUCCAGAGGUCCAGAUGAGUUUUGGCGUAAAAGGAAAAUAUUUAAACUGGCCGCACACUACGUUGGCCGUAAGAGAAACUGCUACAGUAUCGCUAUAAAAUAUGUACAGCGUGCUUUGCGCUACGCUACUCUGAGUAGGAAGCUUAAAAAAGCCGAUAUGUUAAAUCUCUGGAACACAAGGCUCACAGCUGCAUGUGCUGAGCAUGAUUUAACCCUUCGUACAUUCAAGGAGACCUUGAUGCGAAACAACAUUCUGAUCGAUAAAAAGACUCUCGUUGAUCUGGCAAUAUGGGAACCUAGAAGUUUCAAGUCACUGGCUCAAUUAGCAAUUGCCAGAGGCAAGCAGGACGGCCUUAACGAUGUGAUGCAUGUAAAAACACCACCUGGUGUAAUAACCAGGGGAAUGCUUAAGUGAAUUUUGGAGUAUAAAGUGAACUUAAGGUAUAGAGAAUAACAUAGUACUGAGGAGAAGCGAAUGUAAUGUAAUUUAUAAUAUUCACUAAUACAAUAAACAAAAUGAUAAAUAUAUCUAGUGAUCACGCAACAUGUUUAUGACUGAAUCAUUAUUAUCAUUAUUGUUGUUGUUGUACCCAUUUACUCCGUAAAAGAUGAGUAAAUUGCUAUAUUAUACAUACGUUCACGGAUUAACAAUGAUCAUAUUUCUUAAUAGUAAUAACAACCAACACAAUAAGCCUAGCAACUUGCGUCUACUGCUUGGCGUUUACUAUUUGUACGAAAUCUGGCUUUAGAGAAGCA